AUGUUCAAGGACAAGACGGAUGCCGAGCGCGUUCGGCUGUUUGUCCAGUCCGAGCUCGGGGGGUCUUUUGUCAAAGCGAACGGUGUCGUGGAUUUCCGAAUCACCCGGGGCACGAAAACGGUCUGUAUUAUGGAAGCCAAGAACUACGACUUUGGCAAAGGGACAGCGCAUGCUGUCCUGGCCAUGGAGGCUGCGGCGGACACGAACAACCACGAGCGCGUGUACGGCGUGGUGACGAGCUUCGAGUCGUGGCACUUCCUCAAGCGCACAGACGACGCCAUCGAGCGCUUUGACGACUCGAUUCGCCUGGAGGACCCUCGGCCUGAUGUCAAACGCGUCGCUGGGCGAUUGUACGCGAUGCUGAAGGACCAAUAGUCGCCGGCAACGGGGAAAUCGUCAUGAUUCGGGAUCAUGGCAUGCAGAGUUGUUCACGAUAGCCCCGGUAUCCUUCCAUCGCCAAGCACGUCCUCCUCGCGUUACGACGUUCAUGACAACGCCGAUCUAACCAGACGUGCCUAAUCGAUUCGUGCUUUACCAUUC